GGGAUGCUUACCCAUUGUGUUUAUGAGUGUGUGCUCUCUUGACUGUUUGUGGGUUUCAUGUGUUCUGCUGCCUCCUUGUUUGCUACAAAUAUGGAUCAAGUUCCAUCAACCACAGAAAAUUACUGGGACUAUGAUGAUGAUUAUGAAAAUAACAGCUUGUCCCCUAACACAACGUAUGCAGCCCCAUGCUUACAGGAGGACACAUAUGGUUUUGCACAGAGGUACUCGCCUGUUGUAUACAGUCUGGUGUUCGUCCUGGCUCUUUUGGGCAAUGUGCUGGUGCUGUGUGUGAUCCGACGCUAUCGAAACUCUCAGAGUGGCGGAGCCUGUGCUUUCUCACUGACGGACACCUUCCUCCUUCACCUGGCCAUUUCUGACCUCCUGCUGGCCUUCACCCUGCCCCUGUUUGCAGUGCAGUGGGCUCACCACUGGAUGUUCGGCUUGGCUGUUUGCAAGAUCUCCAGUGCCCUCUUCUCCCUGAACCGCUACAGUGGCAUCCUUUUUCUGGCCUGCAUCAGCUUUGACCGUUACCUGGCCAUAGUUCACGCUGUCAGCUCUGGCUGGAAGCGCAACACCUGCCAUGCCCAGAUUGCGUGUGCCUUCAUCUGGGUGGGCUGCCUGGGCCUGAGUGGAGUGGACAUUACCUUCAAACAGGUAGUGGAUGUGAACAUGGUGGGCCAUCAGAAGGCGCUCCUGUGCCUGGUGUGGUUCACUGAGAACUCCACCCAGUGGCAGGUGGGGCUGCAGCUGGUCAGUAUGGUUCUGGGUUUUGGGCUCCCCUUGUUGAUUAUGCUCUACUGCUACAUCCGCAUCUUCAAGUCUCUCUGCAACGCCACUCGCCGCCAAAAGCGCAAGUCUCUCCGCCUCAUCGUCUCCUUAGUGUCUGUGUUUGUCAUCUGCUGGGCACCGUACAACUGCUUCCAGCUGGCAGAUAGUCUGCACAAGCUGGGCGUGGUGACUGGAGGUUGCCAGUUUGGCCGUGUGGUGGACAUUGGGACUCUCAUCACUGAAAGUAUGGGGCUGUUGCACUGCGCCCUGAACCCUCUGCUCUAUGGCUUUGUGGGGGUGAAGUUCAGGAGGGAGCUGGUCAAAAUGUGUAAGGGGCUGCUGGGACGGAGAGGCUUACUGGGGAUGGAGGAAUGGAGGGAGAAGAGAGAGUGGAGGAUCAGAAAAACCACUGGAUCGUUCAGCUCUGCAGAAAGUGAAAACACCUCAUACUCUGUCAUGGUGUAAAACUGAUUCGAGAGACAGGAAGGGACAGGAAGGGACUGACUGUGUGUGUGUGUGUGUGUGUGUGUGUGUGUGUUUGUGUGUG